UAAAAAAACAUGUUUUAGAAGUGUUCGCAAUAUUUACAGUGGAGCGGAGGAAGCUAUGUACAUCACAGAAUAUGUUAAACGUUAAGCUGGCCUUGUUUUUUCUUCCUAUGGUAAUAUCUCAAAGAGACUUUUAUUUCCGAAGUGUGGAAGACCGAUGCAUACCGACAUGCGCAUUUAUAGAAAACAUUCCAAACUGGUCGUUUCAAUGUGAUGGCGACAAUAGUACGUGCGAUUGGCAGUGCGCGGGGCAGCGGAUGGGGUGCGCCGAGGGAAAGGUCUACCACUGUGCACAGGACUUUCAAAAUUAUGAAUUUAAACGCAACAAAACUGAAUAUAUUGAGGCAUGUGCGCCGGAGAGGUCUUGCAAUGCAGGGGAAGAGCCAUUUGUUACAUUUCCCUUUGACGACUUAGUACGGUCACCUAGAAACGCUCUAAUCAACUGCGUUCCCUGCACGAACCCUAGGUUUUACAACAGCCAAGUUGGAAAGUCUUCUGCCUCAUACGCCCGGUGCUAUCAGCAGAAAUUCAACAAAUGUAUCCCUGAAGACAAUAAAAUUGACUGCGGCAUUCCUUGGCGUGAACGUAAGGACUCCGACGGGUAUUGCCGGUGUGACGCCAGGAACGGUUAUGCGCCGGAAAAUGAGAACGUGAAAACGAAAUGCUUCUACAGUGACGAGUUUUGUGUCUUUAAACCUUGUCCACAACUAAACCAGGAGCUGCUUUUAAAUUACACAUGUGGCGACAGGUGCCCUUCUGGAAUGCACAGGACAGAGCAAUCGGAUGACUGUGUUCUUGACAAAUUUGUUCAAACCACCAAAAGUCCACCUACGACAUUGACGUCUCAACCGAGGUUAGAAAAAACAAAAACCCAUGUUAGCAUAUUACCAACUACAGAAACCGUAAAAGAAUUGUUUACUAAAAGAAAAGAGAAGGUUACCUACGAUAGCUUUAGCACAGACCCUCGUAUUCCAAUGGUCAUUGCUGUUGCAACAUUCGUCGUAUUGGUCUUCAUAUUUGUUGUCAUAUGUGCAUGCAAAAUUACAAAAUGUAGUGAGGUUCACAUAACAUUGUGUAGCAGGAGUAAAACAACUAUACGCAGGAAUACCAACAAUAUAGCCGGAAAUCAUGUACAAGUGACAGGCAAGAAAUCAAAUGUCCAGAUUUGUUCGGAGCCUACAGAAACUUCACCAAAAGAAAUCGAGGAAACAAGUUUCUCCAAUUCACCCGACCAUACAUUUCAAAGAAACGGUCGGGAAAUCGAACAUCAAAGCGAUUCCGAAUCACCUUUGCUGUUAGGAAAUGAGGAAAAUCGUUCUCCAGAAACGUCUGGCGACACAACUACCGUUACCAUUGAGAGAAGAAUGGAAAACGAUGAUUUGAACAACGGCCCCUGUCAUUCUCCCGGUGGUAUUGCUGAUGUUAUUCCUUUGACAGAUGAGGGUUGUGAAUUAUGCCGUUGUGACGAACAAGAUGGUCUCUGCAAUGAGAACUUGCAACUGAUAGCGCAACAGUGUGGUGAUAAUAUGUCGUUCAGAGCUGCCCUUGAACUUUCGGCUGACCUCGACCCAGUAAAAGCGCUCCAAGUUUGGAGGGCAAACAUAACGAGCGAAAACAGAUACGAACAAUUUAAGAAACUUGUCGAUGCUGUUUUAGCAACCGAGAAGAGAGAAUUAUACUCACAACUGAAAGAAAAACUUUUUAAGGAUGAAACAGCUGUUCAAGGGCCCGUAUUUGAAGGCAAAAUCCCAGCAAAAAUACUUUCGUCAAAGAACAACCCUUUGCCCCCUAAUUCUGUUCUGAGAACCCAUAGUCAAGUAACACAGUGUCCAAACAGCAUAGUCGAUGAUACGAAGGAGACGUCGUAUACCAAUAAAAAUGCUCAGGUGCCAUUUUGUACCAAAGGAACAUGCUCUGAAAUAGUGAAUGAAUUGCGCACUAGUCCGAAUCGAGAACAGGCUCGUAGGAAGCACAUUAAUAGUGCUGAUGUAAACGAGCUCAGGCAGGCCUCCGAGCGUGAGACAGACACAGAAGCGUCUGAAAGGGAAAGUUUGUUGUAGCAUUAAAAUUCUAUAGGUUACAAAAAGUUAUCAUAUCGAAUAUAAUUUUAUAUGCUCAAACUUGUUUUUUUUUACUACGAAGGAGUGUUUUGUAACGAACAAAUAUUGAAUAAAACAAUCAGGUGAACAAAUUCAUAUCAUUGUUAUAAAUAAAAUUCAACAUUUUUAAAUUGUUCAGCCAUUAAGAAAAACAUUUAACUUUGUUUAGUUUAUGCAUAUUAUAUGCAAAACGUAUUCGUAAAAAUCAUGCACUUCCUUUUCAUAAAUGUUUUCACUUCCAUCACCAAGGAUCCUUUGUCUUCUUUAGAUACGUUUUUAAUGAAUAUUACAAUCAUUUUCAAGAUUUCUUUAAAAUAGGACAUGGAUUAUCGUAAACUUUCUGGUCAAUUUGUCUGUUGGUCCUAGUCACAUUCGUUUUGGAUCUCGUGUAAUGCAGUGUGAAUAUUUGUCACAAUGUUAUAUACUGGGCAAAGGCCUUUUUCUGGACACCAAAGUUUUGGGAGAAUAGCUAUUUAGGUUGGUAGUUAAACAGCACGAAUUUUAUCUAAAACUAUUUUUGGUUCUUAUUUCACAUUUGUACAGUUUUAGAAUUCUUACUCCAUGGUUCAAAUAAGUGCUUAACUGUUCGAAGACUUUUAGUUUAAAGGGAUUGUUUUCUAUGUAGAAUUAUUAAACAACAAAUGGAACCUUGUGUAAAUUUCAUUAUCAUAUGUUUACUAACAGAUACAAAAUCAAACCACUUACACUUAAUAAGCAUUUUUCAAUGCUUCGACCUUGAAGAUUAAAAUGCCUUUAGCAAUUGCAACAUGUAUACAAUUGAAGGAAUUUUUAAUAUGUUUUGUUGUUUUUGUUGAUGUUUUUAGUCUUUAAAAUAUAUUUUAUUUAAAUUAUUUUGCGUGAUUGCUUUACUACGAGGUGUCCUGUUAUUAAGGCACUGUCCGGAAUUAGGUAUUUCCCCAGUAUAGGUAAACUAUCAUAUUAUGUAUAUAACAUUAUACGUUUUUAUUUAUUGUGAUAAAUAAGUCAUGUUCUAUGUCUUUGGCGUUUACCCAGUGCCAUUAAACGGGCUUUAUGUUUAAUCGUUUGCCUUCUGAGCUUGUUUCUGUAGUUUUACACAUAAGUUGUGAACGUUGUAGACGCAGAUUGGUUAAAUUAUUGAGCUUUAUUUUAUACAAUGCAUGCUUAAUUUUAUAUUAUAAUCAUAGCAAUAUUUAAACUUUAGUGUUGUUUAUUAAGAUAUCCUACUAUGUCAUUUAAGCAAAGGUUAGACAUGUUUGAUCAAAUCAUUUUCCCUAUUUUAAGCUAUGGCUCAGAAGUGUGGAGAUUACAGAAAUGUGUAUAAGUACAAAGGUACAUUGUUGUGUGUGUUAUAUAAGUGAUAGAUUUUUUGUUGUAAUUAUAUAAGAUAGCUUACCUGUGAUCUUUUGGUUGUGUGAUUUGCUUAUGAAGCUGAUAUUAUACCUUGAAUGUAUUUUGAUAUAUGUUUGCCAUCAUUAAAUGUGUAUGGGCACUUAA